AUGAAUGCAAGAGACCUGGUCGAAAAUUCAAGGUACCGGUGUUGGAUGGGGGACCUGCCUCGACCCCUCACACAGGUGCCGCUGUCAUGUCUGGCUAUCCCAGGAAGCCAUGACUCGGGUGCCUACGGACUUGACAAGUCAGCCGGGGUAUCUAUAGACGAACCAAAAUCGGUUAGUGUUCUGGGAUCAUUGUGUUGUGGGGGCGGGCUCUCAGUCAUUAGUCGAUGGUCAGUAACCCAAGAUCUUUCCCUCGGACAGCAGCUUGAGGCCGGGAUCCGAUAUCUUGACCUUCGUGUAUGUAUCAAACCGGACACCGCCGAUGCCCAUUUUCUGCACGGACUGUAUGGUUCAAAGGUCAUAACUGCAUUACAUGAGGUCAUAGAAUUCUUGGUCCGAAACCCCAAAGAGUUUGUAAUACUAGAUUUUAACCAUUUUCAUAAUAUGGAUGACAUCAGCCAUAAACAGUUGUUGUCAGAUCUUAAACGUUUGUUUGGUGCCUUAAUUGUGCCUGUCAAUAAGCACAUGUCACCUUGGCAGAUGACCUUGGAAAAUAUCUGGAAAACUCGGAUGCGCGUCAUCAUAUUUUACAGCGACAAAUCUAGUGCAGAUAUGAAAGAAUUCUGGCCAAAUUAUGCCAUUCCGUCACCUUGGCCUAAUACAAGUGACUCCCGAGUUCUUAUAGACUUCCUGGAGAGAAAUUACACGGGGAAUCACCGUAACAGCGACGGAAACUUCUAUGUGUGGCAAGGAGUCCUCACCCCUGGGGCUAGCACCAUCCUGGCCCACCUAUGUGGAAGUCUAAAGGAUAGCAUUGCACCCCGGGCAACACGGGCUUUUCUUGAGUGGGUGGCGAAUAAAGAGCCCGGCUCCCGGGGCAUCAAUAUCUGUCUCGGAGACUUCAUUCAUCUUCAUGACUUUAUCCCGUCCAUCUUGAGAUUGAAUGACAAAAUACAACCCCGACAAUAG